AUGGCAGCAGCACCAGGAGUACCAUCGAGAGUAACAUCAAACCGUUUUGCGCCUUUAUCAUCGCCAAAGUCAUCAACAACAAGCAGCCGAGGCAACUCACGGACGCGUUCUGACGCGUCUCCGCGACCGCGAAGCGCGUCACCAACAACAUCUCAAUCUACAGAAUACUACGGCAUCGUGGAACGCCUCGAAACUUAUCCCUCAACAUGGGCACACACAAAGCUACCUCCACAGCAGCUCGCAACUUGUGGCUUUUCGUAUAAGGAAAGUAGGCAUGACACCUGCAUCUGCCACGUUUGCGGCGAGGCCUUGAGAGUACGAAGGGCGGUGACCACCGAAGAAUGGACUAAUGAAGAGGUCCUCUCCAUUCACGCAGAGGACUGUGUCCUCGCAGAUAUAAUAUACGACCUGAUCUACAACGCCAGUUACAUUUACACAGUACCCAGUCCCUCCCGCCCGCAGAUGCCAGAGGUAAUGCCACCUACAUCGUCAUGUACGAGCCCGCCCGGAGAACUACCGUCAACAAAACCUACUGCUGCCACUCCCAUUCUUUCCACCUGCACUGAAAAUCCCGCCCAAAAGCCGACCUCCUCGCCUCCCUCCCCCUCUCCUAGCCGCCUCUCCUACGCAAACCAUCGUAUCGCGCCAAUGCCCGAUAUCACCAUCUACGCCAUCAAAGCCUCGUCAACCUUACGCCGCGACAUCACCGACGCCGACAACGAAAGCUACAACGACCUCCUCCCAACAGACCCUUUGACUGGGGAAGUCACCGACAGGGCCAUACUUGAGUACCUUCACGAUGAGGUCAGAAAUGGCGAACUUGUGCGUGUAAUUGACUUUACGAAGGUCGAUCCCUCUAUUUCAACAUAUCCGCCGCCUGAAUGGGACAAGAGAUUGUACGAAACCUUCAAGUGGAAAGAAUACGUCUGGACCAAGCAACUCAUAGGCGACGACUUGCCAAAAGAAUAUACUUUGAGAGACUGGGAACGCUUGGUGCAGAAACAGGUGAAAAAUCAGCCUCCAUACGACGUGCGUGAAUAUGUUUGUCAUGACUUACAGGAAGGUAUCCGAAGGGAUAUUGGGCUUCGAGUUCCACCAGACACCAUCCGUACAACACUCUUCAGGAAAUUCGGACGUCCAAUAGUGGGAACAUUGAUCAAAUCGUCGAACGCAUCAGCACCAGAAGAGUAUUCGCUCGGGACGACCGACAUCCCUGUCCCGGAAUUCACCACCACACCUGAUCCGCUUUUCAAACCGUUUGCAAACACAAGACCAUCUCUGUUCGAUGACCCUAGGUUCAAACUCACGCCCACUAGCAUUUUUUCUCCAGACUAUCCUCACCCUGAGCAUUUCAAGGAUGCAUGGCAAACUGGGCUUCAGCGUGCAAACAUCAAAUCGCCUGGCGACUUGGUUGUCGCCGUCGGUACGAUGUAUGCAGGUGCAGCGCUGAGUGCUAUGACAAGUGGCGCCGUAUCACUUGCGCCUGGAGCCGGAGGAGGGAUUACGUUGGCAAUAAACCUGUGCAAUCCAGUUGGACAGGCUGGACUAGCUGGGAUUGCGGUCGUAGCUGGAUGCUCGGCAUUAUAUCAGCGGCGUCAAAAUCGACUGCGGCGAGAAGCCGCCUUGCACGUCCAGCGGAUGAUAGAUAACAUGGAACCGGCGCGUCUUCCGCAAUGCAAAGGUCAGAUUUGGAUUUUCGUGGCCGAUGAACACGGCACGAUCACCAUCUUUCAGGGCUACUCGGCGCCUCCCAUUUCCGUGGCUGGUGAACAUGGCACAACCACUAUUCCCCUGGAGCAUGUUUUCCAACCGCACCAGACUCCUUGA